UCACGGAGAAAUAUUAACUUAAGGUUUUUUGUUGAUGACAUUGUCAAUAUAGCUUUACUGGUUGAGGUUAAUUGAUCAAUUAUUUUAUUGUAAUUACUAGUCGGCUGUUUUCAUUCAAUUUUUUGCCUCAAAAUGCAGACAAGUAGGCUUGCUAAAUGGUUUGGUGUUGAUAAGAUGAUCAGUGCUCGAGAACUCAUUAAAACAAAUGGACUUUUUGGUACGCUAUGGAAUUGGCAUAGACAUGCAACAGUUAAAUGGGGUAAAUGUGUUGGAACGGAUAAAUAUGGAAACAAAUAUUAUGAAAACAGAUAUUAUUUUUAUUUAGCUGAUCGAUGGGUUAUAUACAAUGAAAAAUGUAAUCUUGAUUACGAUGCAUCAAUGAUUCCUCCUGAAUGGCAUAACUGGAUGGUCCAUAAUACUGAUAAAACACCGAUAGAAGAACCUAGAGUUGAAUACAAAUGGCUACAAGAUCAUAAACAGAAUUUGACUGGUUCAGACCAGGCUUACACUCCUUACUCCACAACCAAAACCAAGAUCGGUUCUUGGAAUCCUCCAGGAGGAAGAGUAGUAAUUGGUGGUAAUCGUGGUGCCAAUUUUUAGGAAGAGGUGUCUCUAAUAACGCCAUACCAACCCACAGGUUACCUUCCCGGGUAUUUUUCAGACAAAAGAUUUGCAGUUUUAAUUGCAAUACCUUUGCAAAUAAAGAAAAUACUGGUUUAAAGAAAGAUUGUAAGAUUUGUCAGAAAUGAGGUCGUUUUAAGCAUUAAAUAUUAUUUAUUGGAAAUAGCUUUUCUAUUGACAAAUGAAGCAAACUUGUAACUUACAAAGCUAAAGUCAACUUAAUCUGGUGACUUUAAAUUUCAUUGAUCAAGUUUUAUCAUUGAAUCAAUUAAACCCUGCGGAAAUUACAAGUGAACAGCAUAAGAUUUGAUGCAUUCUCCAAUAAAUACUGUUAAAAAAGGCAGAAGAAGAAGAAGAAAAAUCCAAAAAUGUAUUAAUUAAUCUUACAUGUUAGUUAAUUUCAAUACAUACAGUAACAACAUGCUCUUUUGUAACCA